AUGGCAACGGAAUUCACUCCAGGUUCAUCAUCCGGUCAGGAAGACAAACCCUUGCCGAGUCGACCCUCGGACGCAAACAAUCGUACCAUCGUCAUACAGCAGAAUUACAUGGCCGAGGGUGUUACCAUCAACAUAUGUUCAAGCAACAGUUAUGGCUCCACCGUAACCAAGCUAGAACAUACCGCCGCCCAACCGGGAGAGCCCACGUCCUUACAACGUCCGUUAACGAGAGAGCUGGCUCCAGUCGAUUACGGUCGCGAGAGUGUGGUAGUCAAUGGUAACACGUUUGGCGAGUACGCGGUGAUCAAUAUAGCAUCACCCUACUCGACAGGCGCUGGAGCUUUACUAUUCCUUGCCAUUAUUCAGUCAAGCAAACCGCUCUCCCAUCCCCUGGCCGGACCAGAAACCGAACCAGAAACCGAACCAAGAGCCGAACCAAUAAUUUUUAGUGGCGGGCGAAUAGGAUUUGGAGCUGAUGUGAGCUCAGUGGCCGUUUACGACGAUUCUCAGUUCUCCGUUCUUGUCGUGUUUAAACGCACGUACGUCACGUGCUACGAAAUAGGUUUAUGA